UCCAAGUAUUGUUUUUUUCAGAACAAUUGUAUUUUAGUGGCUUUCUGCCUCUCUUCCAGGCUGCGCCCAUGGCAAGGCCAAUCCACUUGGUGUUGAUACUUUCCAUGAUCAGAGGGCACAGCAGAGGGUCGUAUCAACAAUAAAAUUGUGAAUUUAUUGGGAAACGUUUCCGUUUUGUUUUCGUGGCUGUUUCAUAUUUGGUUUGAUUUGAACAUCUUCCUUCGGUGAGGCCUAAUGGGACAGUUGCAUUGUCGGGCCCAAGCCAGGCCCACGUGUGUCGCCGGCCUUGAUUUAGAGAGCGCGGGUUGCAUGGAUCUGUAUUCAGGGCCGGGCAGGAGAGGAGAGGGAGAGGGAGCCCCGGCCACAGCCGCCGUGUUUCCUUCCUCCUUGGUUUACGGCGGGGUGUCGAAGGCAGUGAGGAAGACGGAAGUCAGGCGGCGCCGAGGACGGGGAUUCCCCGCCGGGAACUUCCGAACUCUCCGCCUCGAGCGCAGCGCCGGGCCGCAGCCAAUGAGCGGAGCGGGUACAAAUCAAUAACGGCCGAGGGAGCGGCGCGAGCGGCGGCGCGGAGUGCAGGGGCUUCGGUUUGAUCGGUGAGUGUGGCUCAGGGAGCGGUUACUCGGAGCCCGGGCCUCAGGGUGGCCGUCACCGCACUUCCAGGAUUGAUGGAUGUGCUGUUACUGGUUAGGCCAGCAUUUGUUGUUUAUUCAUCAUUUCCCUUGAGAAAGCAGUGGUGAACCACCUUCUUGAACCACUGAAGAUCAUGUGAUAGAUACACCCAUAAUGCUGCUAGGAAGAGAGUUCUGGGAUUUUUGAGCCAAUGGCAGUAAAGGAAUGGCAAAAUACUGAGUCAGAAUGAUAUUUUGUGUUCGUAAUAUUGAUUUGGUAAAUAUGGAUAAAAAUAAUCUUGGAGAGCAGCUCAACAGAGCAUUUGAAGCUUAUCGUCAGGCAUGUAUGGAGAGAGACAACAUCAAAAAAGUAUCAGAACAAAAGAUUUACGAGUUAGAGCAAGAACUGGCAAUAAAAGAUCAAACCAUUACAAAAUUACAAUUGCAGUCUGCUUCUGCCACCCCCAGAGGCAACAUUCCUGGACAAGCUCAGUGUCUGAACCCUUGGCCACAGAGUGACUUGCUGACAGUGAGAAGAAAUGAGGCACAACACCUAGUAACAUGUGAUUCACCAGAUGAAUUGAUAGUAGCAUUAGAAAGGGAAAGACACUGUAAGGAAAGGUUAACAACUGAAAAUAGUAGGUUGGAAGAACAGAUAAAAGAUUAUCAGCAAAAGCUAAAAGAACUUAAAAAAAGCAUUGAAGAAAAAGACGAAGAAUUCAGACAACUGAGAAAUGAAUUAAUAGAACACACUGACUUCUUCACACAUGGUAAACAGCUCUACUGUAAACCAGAGUCAAAGGUAAACCGGAAGAUGGCUGAAUCAUCAUCGAAGAAUGCUGUUCCUCUGACAGGGACUGAUCAUCCUCUGUACAAAGAGAGGUUGGACUUUGCUUUUCAGGAGAUUUGUCAAGAAUUUAAACAACUAUCUGCCUUAACAAAGAAACAAACGGAACUUCUGAGUAAAUAUAACUACAGCAAAGAAGCGAUAAAUAUGCCGUUCUCAAUGCCUAUACAGUGUACUGACGAAGGAGAGCAAGAACAUGUAGCAGAACAUUUUGUUGGCAAGGACAAAAGUGUAUCUAAAAGCUCUGCUGUGUUACAAGAAGGGUAUAGAAUGCAACAGGAACAUCUUCAAGUAGUUGAGUCUCUGUCUGAACUAGAUAUCAGAUUUCCGCCUUCUGAUAAUGACUAUGAUUUCCUAAACAGUGCACCAGAAAAAACAAGACCAAAAACUGCUUUUGAAGAUCCCAUACGUAAAGUUGAUGAAGCACUGAUGCAAGGUGAUAUCCAGGACUUGAAAGAUAAGAAUAGGGAAGAAUGCACUUUAUUUGAAACGUUUCCUGUGGGACCAACUAAUAAGACGAAACCCAACCCUUUUGGUGAUGAGCAAGGAAAGAUUGCAAACAUUAAUACUUCUGUAGGUACUGCAGUUGAUAACAGCACAUUGAGAAGUCCUUCAAGCCCCUCAUUUCUUCAACCUUCUAAGUCUUUUCCAAAUGCUGAAUCUCAUCAAAUGAUUUCAACAGAAGCAACAGUGAUCAGAGGUCCGCAACAUCCUGUGUGGUAUCCAUACCACAAUAAAGAGGGUGAAUUACUGCAUCAAGCAUCCAAAGACUCUGACCCGGACCUAAACUCCAAAACCUGUGAAUUCUGUCAGGAAGUCUUCCCAGCAGGCACCAAAGCUAAGGAAGACUUCCUCAGGCAUCUUAAUUCACACUUUAUUGCUAAAAAUGGAUUUUAAUGCUUGUACAUUUCCACAGUGAGAUGAAUCAUAAAAUUCCCUACAGUGUAGAAGCAGGUCAUUCGGUCUGUCAAGUCCAACCCUCCGCAGACUGUCCCAUCCUCCACAGAGUAUCCCAUCCAGACCCACCCCAGCCCUGUAACUCUGCAUUUUCCCUGACUUGUCUGCACAUCCCUGGACACU